UGAUGCAGGAGCCCCCGCUUAGACUGUUUGUUCUUCCCCCUCCAAGAUGGAGGCCUUAGGGGGCUAUCCUACCAAGUCCUCCAACCCCAAAGCGAAAAAGUUAACAGUCUUGUUGAGUAUGACAGUUGGUGUCGGGUGUUUGUUCCUCCUGCAGACUCAACUGGUGAAACCAAGAAAACCAACAGAUUUUUAUUCGUUCGAGGUGAAAGACGCGAAGGGGAGGACGGUUUCUCUGGAAAAGUACCGAGGAAAAGCGUCUUUGGUUGUAAACGUGGCGAGUUACAGCGAGCAGACGGAGGCGAACUACAUAUUUCUGCAGGAGCUCCACCGGGAGCUGGGCACCUCUCACUUUAACGUCCUGGCCUUCCCCUGCGGUCAUUUCGGGGACACAGAGCCCGGGGCCAGCCGGGACAUCGAGGCUUUCGCUAAGUCCCACUUCGGCAUCACUUUCCCCUUCUUCAGCAAGAUCAAAAUAAUGGGCUCAGAGGCUGACCCUGCCUUCAGAUUCCUCACAGAUUCUAUUCAGAAGAUUCCCAAGUGGAACUUCUGGAAGUUUCUGGUGAAUCCAGAGGGGAAAGUUCUCCGUUUCUGGCGAACGGACGAGCCCAUGGAGAGCGUUCGACAAGAGGUUACGGCGUUGGUGCGAGAAAUCAUCCUGAAGAAGCGGGUGGAGCUAUGAUGGAGCCUGUGGCAGAUACUGGACACAGCUGUGUGCGUUGUGUCGGUGCUUCCUGUGCUUUGACAGCAGGGAAUGACUGAACUCUGAACUGUUACAGUGAGUGUGUUGUGGUGAUGUCUCGCUCCAGAAACAUGCAGGAUGAAAAGAUCCACUUGGAGUUAUUCCAGGCUAGUUGGAGUGUGUUUGUCUGAGUGUGUGGGCGCCAUCCUGUGGUUAAUAAUGACAAUCACAAUGAACAUUCCUUAUAAUGACCAGUGCUGCAGCACAAGGAUUGAAGUGUUGGAUUUUUACAAAUGUUCAGUUUGGCCCAGUCUGUUCUUUGUACCAUCUUUUUCUAAUGUUUACAUUAAAAUUAAUUUCUCAUGGUGAAGCACAACUUUUAGCCCAUUUUGACUGAUUUGAGCCCAGCAAAUUGUGAAACAACAAUUCAACAAUAAAACAUUUCAGACCAUCUUCACCCACAAAA